UGGCCAAUGUUGGGGAUAAUUCAGUCUACCCGCUAGUAUGAUUGAGCAUCAUAUACACUUGACUUUUAUGCUGGGGUUCAAGCACCUGGUGACUCAACAGAGGAAGCUCUGCUCUUGGCCGGUUUCAGGGCAUAGCAUUGACUGUUUGGUUUCCUCUCCGUUAAAAUAGGUGCUUCAGUCUAGGGCACAUUCUUGAGUGCAAGAUGUGUGGUUUCUUAUGCACCUGAUGAAAAUCAAGCAAUCAUUAAGGGUCUUUUCAAAGGCUACUUCACUUUGAAAUACUCUUUUUUCUAAAGCGUAGCGGAGCAAUGCUAGUUUUUUAUAUGAAUCCUCCUCCAAGGGUCUUGGACUUAAUUAUGCUGUGGUUGCUCUUACUUAGUAUUUGAGCUAUGAAUGUUGAAAUUAGUUUUCCAAACCGUGUCCAUUUGUGACACUGCCAGUUUAUUUGUAGGUAGUUGAAGUUGCUUGUUGCUGCUGUUUUUAUUACUUACCUCUUUUUGUUUUUUUCUUAAUGUUGGGCACCCAAUAGCCUUUUCCUGAUCAGAUGGCCAGUUAUGUAAUCCUAUUAAUAUACUUGUGUUCCUCUGAUUUAGGAUUAGUAUCCAUACAGACUCUGAUGUAUCCAUCCUCACCACUCAGAAUUGUCUCAUAUUCUAUGGAAUUUCUUAGUAUAGUACUAUUCCCUCCUCUAACCUAAUCGGUACUUCAUGUGUGGUUUAUAUCCAGGUAUUGCAAUAUCUUUUAUUUUUUUUUAUGCCUACUGUUAUCAUUCUGAAUGUUCUUGUUAUCCAUAUAAAUAUCCAAGUCUUUUCUGCAUGGUGCUAAGCUCUUGGCUUCAUUGAUAUCUUGUGGCAAAACUUCACUAGUUUUUUCCCCAGUUAUGGAGGGAGUGGAGUUCAGAUGUUUAGAUAGGGACUCCUUUGCCAAGCUGAGGAGACUCCUCUAGGAGCAGUGUAACCUCUAUUUCCUAUCCAGAUGCUGCUACUGAGCUCUGUUCCUUCUGGUGUUUGUCUGAUGAUAGAUCAAAAUUCUUUUCCUAUGAGUGGGAUUUAAAUAAAUGUAAAGGAUUGCACUAUGCUGAUGCCUUUUAUUUGAAGUCUGUUUUUAACUCUUAUUAGAGAGACAAAGUAGGUCAGGUGUGUGUUGGUGUUUUGUUUAUCUUUAUUGGACCAACUUCUGUUGGAGAAAGACAAGCUUUCAAACUUGCACAGAGCUUUUCUUCAGGUCUGGUCUUAUGGCCAACUUAAUUUUCUGCAAUACUUAAUCUAUAGUAGUUUUUAUCUUAAUUCUUCCAAGAAUAAAUAAUGAGACAGCUUAAAAAAAUCUGUAAUAAUUAAACUUGUGGUCACUGAUCUUAUUUGCGGAGAAUUGUAUUCUUGAAAGGACGUAUUCUUUUGUACUGUUCUUUCACUGUUAUAAAGUUGUACGUUUAUUACUGACUUAGAAAAGUUAUCUUCCUAAAUUGAACCUUAAUUCUGCCUUCAUUCAAAAUGGCAUGAUAGUAAUUUGAAGAAUGAUGGUAAUGUUAAGCUUGUAAUCAGUGUGUUAAUUCUCACCCACGCCUUUUGUUACUGAUAGUGCAGUUUCUUGUACAAGUCUGGAGAACCAUUACUGGAGAACAUUUUUAAAAGUACAAUACUUGUUCCGCCAGUGUGGUAACAUUUGCCUUCUGGAAUCGGUGUUUUUUGAGUAUUUAAACUGGUUUUAUUAGUAAUUUGUAAAACAUUGCAAUGAUUUUUUUUAAAUUUGAAAAUCAAAGGAUAUAAUUAAUCUUAAUGCAAUUGACAUAGUAAACAUACAGCGUAAAUAUCUGAAUGUCCGCUCACUUGAGUAAUGCAUUGUAAAGCUUAAAUGGAUCUCUGCCAAUUUGAAAUCUAAUCAUCUUCAAAAAAGUUAAAAAGGUUUUGCAUUCAUCAAGCUUACACUUGAGUUCCUCUGACAGUAUUUUGGAUUUACAAUUACAUUUUCCUAUAAUUUAAAACAAAUCCUUCCUCUGUGCUAUGUGAAAUAUGCUCCCAAGCAGCAGAAACUGUGACUGAUAAACACACAGUGCUGUCAAAUAUACAAAGUAAACAAACUGUUUUCCCUCUGAUCUGCUUAGCUUUGCAGGUCACCUUGAAUGCUUCAUUCUGCUGCCCCUCUUCAGUGGCUCCCAGCUAAAUAUAGAACCCAGUUCAAGGUGUCUGCCCUGAUAUUCAGAGCCCCCUAUGAAUUUGUCCCUGGAUACCUUAGAAAUAGUGUGAUUAGUUUAUAGGAAAUUCUCACGCUCCAUGACCAUGAGUUCCCACAACUGACACCUCCUCAUCUAUUGUUGGGAGUGGACUACAUCCACCCUGAUCGAAUUGGCCCUGUCAGCACUGGUUCUCCACUUGUGAGGUGGUUGUUUCCUGUAUCUUGCACCUUUAUCUUGAAGGGAGGAAAUGAUCUUAGCAGAACUUGUUUCAAACUGAUCACUGAUACGGAGUCUUCAAGGGCCAGAAACUUGCACUGGGGGAAAAAAUUAAUCUCUUUGAAGGUUUUUUGAAGUUUUCCUUAUUAAAAGGGGAAAAAAAUGACGACUUCGUCUAUUAGACGGCAAAUGAAAAACAUUGUGAACAAUUAUUCAGAGGCUGAAAUAAAAGUUCGGGAAGCAACUUCCAAUGAUCCCUGGGGUCCUUCUAGUUCCUUAAUGACUGAAAUAGCAGAUCUGACUUACAAUGUGGUAGCCUUUUCUGAAAUUAUGAGCAUGAUCUGGAAACGGCUGAAUGACCAUGGCAAAAACUGGCGGCAUGUGUAUAAGGCCCUUACUCUGUUAGAUUACCUGAUUAAAACUGGCUCUGAGAGGGUGGCACAGCAAUGUAAAGAGAAUAUUUUUGCUAUUCAAACACUGAAGGACUUCCAGUAUAUCGAUCGAGAUGGUAAGGACCAGGGCAUCAAUGUACGGGAGAAGUCCAAGCAGCUGGUCUCUCUUCUGAAGGAUGAUGAGCGACUCAAGACAGAGAGGGCCCAAGCCCUGAAGACCAAAGAGCGUAUGGCUCAGGUGGCCACUGGAGUUGGUAGUAACCAGAUCACAUUUGGCCGAGGUUCCAGUCAGCCUAAUCUAUCCACUAGCUAUUCAGAGCAAGAAUAUGGCAAAUCUGGAGGCUCUCCUGCAUCUUACCAUGGCUCUACAUCCCCUCGAGUUUCUUCAGAGCUAGAGCAAGCACGACCUCAGACAAGUGGAGAGGAAGAGCUCCAACUGCAGCUUGCAUUAGCAAUGAGCAGAGAAGUUGCAGAGCAGGAGGAGCGCCUCCGACGUGGAGAUGAUCUGAGAUUACAGAUGGCUCUGGAGGAGAGUCGCAGAGACACAAUUAAAAUUCCCAAAAAGAAGGAGCAUACAACUUUGUUGGAUCUCAUGGAUGCACUGCCUUCAUCAGCACCAGCCCCUCAGAAAACCGAAACCUGGGGACCCACAGCUGUAGCAAACCAAACAGACCCCUGGGGAGGAUCUGCAGCUACAGCUACCACCUCUGACCCAUGGCAAUCAUUUGGUGCCAAGCUAGCUACUUCUGUUGAUCCAUGGGGAGCACCAGCUGGAUCCACUACUCAGUCUCUCUCCAAAAAUGUAGACCCUUGGGCUCCUUCUCAGUUAUCCUCUGUAGCAACAAAAGCUACUGUAGAUCCGUGGGGACCAGCAGCUGCAAACAAACCUAUUUCCACUUCUGGAAGCACGUCCUUUGACCUUUUCAGUAAUUUGAAUGGUACAGUUAAAGAUGACUUUUCUGAAUUUGACAACCUUCGAAAUUCCAAAAAGACAGCUGAGUCGGGUUCCACUUUGUCAUCCCAGCAUAGUGGUACAACAAGUCCUGAUCUCUUUGAUUCUCAGCCCACGAACAUGACAUCAAGCAAACAAAGUGCAGCUCGGAAAACCCCCGAGUCUUUCUUGGGGCCCAAUGCAGCUUUGGUGAAUCUGGAUUCAUUGGUGUCUAAGCCGCCACAGCCUGUUCCAUCAUUGAAUCCAUUCUUAGCUCCAGGGACAGCUACAGCACCAACUCCAAUCAACCCCUUCCAAGUGAAUCAGCCCCAGCCCCUCACACUAAAUCAGAUGAGAGCAAGUCCCGUGAUGGGCACGAGUCCUUCUUUUAAUGCUGUGCCAGCAAUGAGCAUGGAGCCAAUACCUCUGUCUUCCAUGGCACCGGUGGCUGUGGGAAUGGCGCCGUUACCAGCUAUGGGCACCAUGGCAUCUAUCACGCGAAUGGGUCAGGGGAUGAACAUGAGCAUUGCAGGAUCAAUGACCCAGCCUCUUCAUAGUACGGGAAUCCCUCCAUCGGCAUCCCAGCCCACAAAUACAACUAACCCUUUCCUCCUAUAAAAACCCAAUCGAAGGAACUUUCUUUUCAUAAUGUUUCCAAGCUGAAGUCUUUGGGGAAAAACGAACAGGAUCUGCUUGGACUGAAAGGCGUGUAAGCGACUUGGAAGUAGAUUUGCAGUUUACAGUUACGAACUUUGAAGAGUUGUCUAUACUUUCCAGUUAAUCUAAAUCUAGUCUUUGCUACAGACGGUACCUUACUUUGGCUUGUUGAGCAUUACAUGAAAUGUUCAGACUUUUCACCAAAGUUAGAUUAUGUCCAUUUUGUUACUUUAACCAUUUCAGUACACUUUCCAGGGAUAACCUGCCAUUUUAAACUCCAUUUGCUAUUUUGUAGAUGUCAGAUAAUGUGCUGGAUCCUAAAAUUACUAUUACCCACAUCUAUCAUUUCCCAUGUUCAUAUGAUAGACCUGAGACUCGGAGUGCUAGUGAAUGUUUUUGCACAUAACUAUAUACAGUUCUAGACUGUUGAUUCACCCAUAGUCCUUAUUCUUAGAAGAGGGCCCAGAAGUCUGGUUUUACGCAUUAAACAUUGCAACACAAAAUCUCUCCGCUUUCUUAUCGGCGGUUUGACUGAGAAAGCAAGCUUGUCUCGAAAGG